UGUGAAGCUACCAGAUGUGAUCCUGUUGAGUUAUCCCCUGAUGAUGGCACUGAACGACAGUGUACUGAGGAUUGAACUGGAGCGAUACUCCAACCUCACACACUCAGACUCUGUUAUGGCAUGGGCUAUGUUUGCCAUCAACUGGCUUGAGCUGGGGGACUUACAACAAGCAGAAGAUGCUUUCAAAAACAGCUACCUGUCCUUGGUGAAAGAGCCUUUCAAGGUGUGGCAGUCAUCCCUAUCAGAUGUGGGGCAUACCAACUCUCUUGUGGCCAUGUCCAGCUUCCUUCAGGCUCUGAUAUUUGGUUAUGGUGGAGUUCGGCUGAAAACUGACCACUUGGAGGUUAAUCCCAAGCUACCAUCUAACCUGACAGGCAUGAAGAUGAAGGACUUAGACUACCUGGGUAACAGCAUUGAUAUUGAAAUCAUGGAGGAGACAGUACGAGUGAUGAUCAGAAGAAUGUCUGCAAAACAGCUGUAUAUAUCCAGGGAUAUUGGACAAAAGCUGGAGAUAGUAGCCAAGCUUGAAGAAGGUGUAGAAAUCAUUCUGUCCAGAACCCGGUUUUACAUUUUUACAUCGAAUGUGACAGAAUGUCCUGUUUCUAUGGGAACAUCCUAUGUGCCUAUGGUAAUGAGAUCUGAGUGGGGAGCUAUGAGUCCACGAUCUCCUGUCAGUGUUGUGAACCCAGCUGAGAGGGUGAUUGUGUACCAGACAGCAGGUUCCAGGUGUACAGACAAGAGCGCUUGUAUAAAGGAAGUCAACUCUCUGCAGAUGAAGGACAUGAAGGAUGGUAAGCUGUCUGAUGUAGCGUACAACUUUUUGGUUGGGGAGGAUGGUCGUGUGUAUGAGGGUCGAGGCUGGGAAACCCUGGCUCACUUCCCCACCGGCUCUGCCAUUGACAACUUAGCUAUUGGAGUGAUGGGAGACUUCAUGUGUGAGUUCCCAUCUGAUCUGGCCAUGGUUGCUCUCAGACAGUUGAUUAAAAACGGAGUAGAGAGGGGAUAUAUUCAUUGGAACUACACACUUCUUGGAGGACGGCAGUUAGAUAAUAUACACAAUCUCAUUACAACAGAGGAUCGGCUUCUGUGUCAACUAUCGAAAUCUGUACACUGGGAGCCAUACCAGUAUGGUGGGAUGUUUGUGAAACCAAAGUGUGACAGGAAAUGUGAACGACCAUUUCAAACACCUGAAAGCCGCUUCCAUGAUAUUAGUGAAAAGGCGACAUUAUUUGAAACAGACAAGCUGCCUACUCUCAUGGACUCUGAUGAAGUGGAUUUCAACUACAUGGCCUCUGUGGGGAAUGGUCAUUUGUCCACUGUUGUGUACAGCCCCACUGUGUAUGUGAAUGGCCUGUACAAUGGACCUACAGGCUGGAGUCACCGUGCCCGGAUACCCGCGCUCAAUGCUAUCCGUGUUAACUUCACUGAUACCCCCGAAAAUCAUGUGAAAAGGAAAUUUGCCCUUGAUGUUGAGAGAGCGGUGUUUGAAGAGAAAAUCCUGUCCCCGAAGAUCCAUGUCUUACAAAGGACGUACGCUCAUCAAUUUUACACUCGCCUCCUGAUCACAGAGAUACACGUCCAGAGACGCCCAGGUGUCCGGGGAGACGUGACUUUUGACCUGGACUUAAACAUAGGAGGAGCAAGCAAGGACAUUACCUUUAAUGCAUUUGAGAACGUCACGAAUGAUCAGAUAAAGGAAUGUGAUUGUGUCUAUCAUCAUGGGCGCACUAAUGAGGCAGAGAUAAAUGGCACUGCCCUCCAGGACAUUCACCUCUAUUGGAACAAGCGUCCUGAGUCCGUGACCUUGCCGGCUGACCUUGAAACAUACGUGUGGAUUUACCUGACAGCUAUGGAUCAGAAUCGCGGAGUGGCCGAGGAAUCCAUGAAGGCUGGUUUGCAUAGGCUGCGUGAAGGGGAUCAGGUUCUCUUCGAGAAACAUGUGCAGGCUUGGAAAUUACGCUGGGAUAGAGGUCGAAUUGAAGUUGAUGGCGAUGUCUAUCUUAGUAAGCGAAUCUACGGCUCUUUUUAUUACCUCCUAAGUUUUCUCCCUGCGUCUGAUCCAUACAUCACACCUAAUCAGUUCUAUGGUCUCAGUCCAGGUGGUCUGGCAAAUGGUGCCAACUGGACAGACUAUCAGGGUCACGUGUUCUGGGACAUGGAGACCUGGAUGUAUCCCACAAUGCUCAUGUUCCACCCAGAACUUGCCAAGGAGAUGCUGUCAUACAGGAUUCAUGGGAUGAAGUAUGCAGAAAUGAGGGCCAAAGAAGGGAACUAUUCUGGUUUGAGGUUCCCCUGGGAGAGCGCUUUCACAGGAUAUGAACAGACGCCAGAUAUCUGUGUGCCAUGCCGAGAAAACCAACUUCACAUCACAGGAGACAUCGCACUGGCUGCACGACAAUACCUAACCUUGACACGUGACUUUCAGUGGCUCAAGCGAGAGAAAGGUUACGAGUUUAUCCGUGGAAUGGCUGACUUUUGGAGGUCACGACCCACAUGGAAUGCCACAAAACAGGCUUAUGAUGUGAAUGGUGUGAUGCCUCCAGAUGAACAUGCUCAGAGUAUCAACAAUUCAGUGUACACGAAUGUUGGGGCAAAACUCAGUGUACACUUUGCCAGGUACGCAGCAUGUCUCUUGGGGAUGAAUGCCACAGAGGAAGUGCCUGAUGAUUGGUUAGAAGUAGCAGAUAAACUCUAUUUGCCAUUUAACAGUAAAGGCCAAUAUCACCCAGAGUUUGAAGGAUUUGAACAGUGGACAGAUGAGAGAGGAAUUAAACAAGCAGACGCCAUCCUGCUGGGCUACCCUCAGAUGUGGCCAAUGAGUCCUGAGGUCAGAAGGAAUGACCUUGAGAUGUAUGAGAAGAUAACAAACCCACUCGGGCCAGCCAUGACCUGGGGAAUGUAUGCUAUUGGUUGGCUGGAGUUAGGGGAUGAGGCCAGAGCUAGAGAACUCUUCUGGAGGAGCUACAAGCUUUACGUGCGAGAACCAUUCAAGAUCUGGACAGAGGUGAAGACUGGCCUAGGAGCAGUAAACUUUAUCACAGGCAUGGGAGGCUUCCUGCAGACUGUCUUCUUUGGUUACGGAGGCGCAAGGAUACACGUAGAACAUUUGUCCUUUGACCCCCGCGUGCCGCCAGGAAACACUGCUUUACGGUUUGUUGGAGUGGAUUAUCUGGAGAACUCUUUUGAUAUGGAAAUCACCCAUGAUAGAGUGCGGAUUCUGCCCACGAAAACCUCCCCCGACUACCCACUAGUACUCAGAAUGACGAUGUCUAGGGCAGAGUACAAGUUCAUCAAAGACAAAGAGCUGUUGUUACCGAGGAAAGCAUUUACCUUAAGGACAUCUGUGGUGACAGACUGCCCUGUACCUGAAGGUAGUUCAUGUCCCCUCGUUAUAGAGCGUUCUUCUUGGGACACUGACCCUCCCACCUGGUCAGCCUUAGCUCGCUCACACCCAGCCAAAUACGUCAUUCUUCAUCACACCACCAUGGCCAGGUGUUUUAACUACGGGGACUGUAAACAGCAAGCCAGACUGACAGAGAUGUACCACAAGGCCUCUAUCCCCCAAGGCUUAGGACUGUCAGAUGUGGGGUACAGUUUUCUGGUCGGAGAAGAUGGCAGUGUAUUUGAGGGAAGGGGUUGGGAUGCAUCUCUGCCAGACAUACUAGGGGACAAAAAGAAUUCCAUUGGGAUUGGUGCACUUGGGGACUUCUCCUGUGGUGAGCCCAGUGAGAAGUUUCUGGAGGCCAUACAGAGACUGAUCAAGUGUGGGGUGGAGAGGAAGAAGAUUCAUCCACAUUAUCGGGUGAUUGGUUUUGAUCAGAUUCACCAUAAUGAUGUUCCGGCUGAUCGGCUCCUUUGUGAGAUCCAAUCUUGGCCACAGUGGCAUAAUUUUGACACGGGAAAAAUGAUGGCAGGGCUAGACUGUGACAGUCCGUGUGAUCCUACAGCACCCAGGACACUAGAGGGGGAUGUCAAAGAUGAGAGUCCCCACCCUACUGUUUUCAUGACUCACAAGUUACCAAUGAAGAAAGGCAGUGAGGAGGUUGACUUUCGUUACAUGGCAUCUGUGGGUAACGGUCACCUAGCUACGACAGUCUACAGUGACACUGUCUAUGUGAACGGCCUUUACAAUGGACCCACAGGCUGGACACACAGAGCUCGCAUCCCAUCUUACAAUGCAAUACGCUUACACGUCCAAGGGCAGCCAAGUGAAGCAGUCAAGAGGACAUAUGCUUUGGAUGUUGAAAGUGCCGUGUUUGAAGAGAGUAUUAUCUCCCCUUAUGUGACCGUCAAACAGAGAACGUAUGCACAUCAGUAUUAUAACAGGCUGUUACUGACUGAGAUCCUUGUAACAAGGCAGGGUGAUACUGACAUGGCUGUCGUGCUUACAGUGAAAAACAACAGGGGAAAUGACAGUAUAGAUAUCAGCUUUAAGCAGCCUGAAAAUUACCAACGACCCGAAAUCUGUCCUGAUGGCUGUUCUCUGAUGGAAGGUCAGACCCUGAUUCCAGAGACAGAAACCAGCUCCCUACACCAUAUCACAGUUGUCUGGAAGAACCUGCCUGCUAAGCUUCGCGUGGAGCCUGGUGUGAGUGAGGCACGCUGGCUGUUUGCCAUGUCAGCUGACCAGAACAGGAUUGCUGCAGAACAGACAUUUGACGAUGCACUGCGUCAGUGGACAGCUAACCAUGACUACCUGUACAACAUGCACGUUAAGGCCUGGGAGGAGAAGUGGAACAAAGGACGAAUUGAAGUUGAUGACAAUCCACGUCUGUCCAAGCUCAUUUAUGGAAGUUUCUACUACAUGUUAUCGUUCUUGCCUUCCACAGACACAUUUGUUCCAAAUAACCAGUUCUAUGGUCUCAGUCCAGGCGGUCUGGCAAAUGGUGCCAACUGGACAGACUAUCAGGGACACGUGUUCUGGGACAUGGAGACCUGGAUGUAUCCCACAAUGCUCAUGUUCCACCCAGAACUUGCCAAGGAGAUGCUGUCUUAUCGUAUCUACAGUAUGCCUCCCUCCCAGAAGCGUGCCGAGAGUGGAGGGUAUUCAGGGCUGCGCUAUCCAUGGGAAGCUGCUUUCACCGGAGGGGAAGUAACUCCUGAUAUCUGUGUACCCUGUCGUGAAAACCAGCAGCACAUUACUGGUGAUAUAGCUUUUGCUGCCAGGCAAUAUCUAACUGCUACCCGAGACAUACACUGGCUUAAAUCAGAGAAAGGCUAUGAGUUCAUCAAAGGAAUGGCAGAAUUCUGGAAAACUCGGCCAGAAUGGAAUGAGAAGACCGGUUACUAUGAUAUAAAUGGAGUUAUGCCCCCUGAUGAGCAUCAACUCAGCAUCAACAACUCUGUUUACACCAACAUUGGUGCCAAGCUCAGUAUUCACUUUGCUCGCUAUGCUGCAUGUUUGGUUGGGAUGAAAGCCACAGAAGAAAUCAGUGAGGACUGGUUGGAAGUUGCCAGAAAGAUCUUCAUUCCCUUUGAUGAUGAACGACAAUAUCACCCAGAAUUCCAGGGCUAUGGAAAUGUGACGGGUGAAAAGAAAAUUGUGAAACAGGCAGACGUCAUCUUGGCUGGUUUCCCUCAGAUGUGGCCCAUGCCUGCCACUGUGCGGCAGAAUGACCUUGAGGUCUACGAGAUGGUUACCCACCCAGGAGGACCAGCCAUGACAUGGGGGAUGUUUGCCAUUGGUUGGCUGGAGCUGGGAAAUGAGGAGAAAGCUGCAGACACAUUUCACAGGAGUUACUCUUUGUACACACGAGAACCAUUCAAGAUCUGGACAGAGGCCCGAUCUGGUAUUGGUGCUGUUAACUUCAUCACAGGAAUGGGUGGAUUCCUGCAGGCGGUAUUUUUCGGUUAUGGUGGAGCGCGAUUACAUGUAGAAAAAUUGGACUUUGAUCCGCGGCUGGUACCAGGGACGUCAGCAAUGCGAUUUAAGGGACUAAACUACCUGGGGAACUCUCUGGAUGUGGAAAUAAAACAGUACUCAGUUCAGGUGAUUUGUAGACUUGAGUCCAGAAAACACCCUCUGAUGCUGGAAAGUUUGGAGUCAGGUGUGCGUUAUCAUCUCAAACAAGACAAAGAAUUAACAUUUGGAAGAGAGCCUUUCACAGUUCGUGCUGUUGAUGUCACUGAUUGUCCACUGCCAGAAGGUGGCUCUUGCCCUGAGAUCAUCUGGAGGAAGACCCCUACAAUGGUUCCCAAGCCCAAGUACAAGACAGUGGUUGUACGUCAGACAGGGGGUAACCGCUGCUUUGAUCAGUCAGACUGUAAGAGUAUUGUUGAUCACAACCAGACUUAUGCAGGGUUUCACUUCUUGGUGGGGGAUGAUGGUAGGGUGUAUGGAGGGGAGGGCUGGGACAUUCCUACAGAUGAAGCUUUGAAAAUUGGUUUUAUUGGAGAGUUCACUUGUAAGAAACCAUCACAGUUGGCCAUUGCUGCAGCGAAACAACUUAUCAAGUGUAAAGUUGAGAUGGGUAUGUUGGAGUAUGACUACAAGCUGUUAACCCUACGUCAGACCAAAGACCCUGAUUGUCAGACUGCUUACUGCCCGGGGGACAGACUGGACUGCGUCCUUAUCACCUGGAAGGCCUGGGACAAGGAGCAAGUAGGAGGAAAGUUCCAGGCACCCAAAUGUCAUGGAUCGUGUUUCCUGCCAGACCCCACUGCAUCCUCCCACAGUAGUCAAUACACAGAUAUCAGUGACCAACCUACACUUUUCCAAACCGAACAACUCCCAGUGGACAGUAAAACUGGGAAGAUUGACUUCAGCUAUAUGGCCUCUGUUUCAAACGGUCACCUAGCCACUGUGGUGUUCAGUGAUACCAUCUAUGUCAAUGGUCUUUACAAUGAACAUAUGGGUUGGAGUCACCGCGCUCGUAUCCCAUCACCGAAUGCUGUCAGAGUUGACAGGAUUGUGGAGGAAAACCCUGACAGGGUGAAGCGAUUAUUUACCCUUGAUGUGGAGAAAGCUGUGUUUAUGGAAACAAUUGAGACCCCAAACCUGCUGGUUGUUGAUCGUAUCUACGCUCACCAGACGUUCACCCGUGUACUCAUCACAGAGAUAACAGUUACCAGAAAACCUUCAGCCAAAGGAAGCUUCAUGCUCAAACUUACCGGUAACCAAGGAAACGCCUCCAUCGACUUGGAAAUGCUGGAAGAAAGAAGCUACAAUGGAAAUGAUGACAGCAUUUUGUUUAAGCACGCGAGGACAUUGGUGCCUGAGAUCAGGAAUAUGUCUACAUCUGAUGUGUACAUGGUUUACACCAUCACACCCCAGGAGUUGGUACUGACAGAAAACGAGAAUACUAAGACCCUCUUCAUCCUUACUUCUGUGGGUAUGGAUAUCUCCAAAGUCACAGAAAACUUUGACAGUGUGGAAGGAAUGGUCGCUGCUAGUCCUAAAUCAAUCUAUGAGACCCAUGUUCUUGCCUGGAGAGAAAAGUGGAAGAGAGGUCACAUUGAGAUUGAUGGCAAUCUGAAGUUGUCUAAGCUGGUGUAUGGCUGUUUUUAUUAUUUGUUGAGUUUCCUGCCCUCCACACAACCCUUCAGUCCUAGUCAACCAUUUAAUGGUCUCAGUCCCGGCGGCCUGGCAAAUGGUGCCAACUGGACAGACUAUCAGGGUCACGUGUUCUGGGACAUGGAGACCUGGAUGUAUCCCACAAUGCUCAUGUUCCACCCAGAACUUGCCAAGGAGAUGCUGUCGUACAGGAUUCGAGGAAUGAAGUAUGCAUAUGACCGAGCUCGAAGCGGUGGAUAUGAGGGCUUGAGAUUUCCAUGGGAAGCAGCUCAGACUGGAAUUGAGGUGACACCAGAUAUUUGCGUGCCCUGUCGGGAAAACCAACUUCACAUCACGGGAGAUAUCGCCAUGGCAGCCAAACAGUUCAUGAGUGUCACUAAAGAUCUUCACUGGCUUAAGUCUGAGAAAGGAUACACACUUAUCAAAGACAUUGCUAGAUUCUGGAAGUCUAGACCCACAUGGAACGAGGCAAAACAGGAGUAUGAAAUUAAAGGAGUGAUGCCCCCUGAUGAGCAUGCUCAGAAUGUGAGUAACUCUGUCUACACCAAUGUCCAGGCUCAGCUCAGCAUUUACUAUGCCCGUUACAUGGCCUGUAUCAACAAUCUCAAUGCCAGGACAGAGGUGACGGAUGACUGGCUACAUGUAGCUGACAAUUUACAUAUUCCUUUUGACGAGACGCGAAUGUUUCACCCAGAGUAUGAGGGAUAUGUGGAAGGCUCAGAUAAUCGUGGCGUGAAACAGGCUGAUGUGAUACUGUUAGGCUUCCCGUUGAUGUACAACGUGAGUGAAGAGGUACGACGAAACGACCUGCUACACUACGAGCGUGUCACAAAUGCCUUUGGGCCGGCCAUGACCUGGGGAAUGUUUUCUAUUGGCUGGUUGGAACUUGGUGAUAUAGACAAGGCAGCAGAGUUAUUUACCAAAAGUUAUGAGCUCUAUACCAGAGAACCCUUCAAGAUCUGGACAGAGGCUCGCUCUGGUAUUGGAGCUGUCAACUUUAUCACUGGAAUGGGAGGCUUCCUCCAAGCUGUGUACUUUGGCUAUGGUGGGGUUCGUAUUUACAAUGAACACAUGAGCUUUAACCCGCGUCUGCCCCCUAUGACAUCUGGGUUACGCCUGUUAGGGAUGAACUACCUGGGGAACAGCCUGGAUGUAGUGAUACGUCACAACACUGUCAGCAUCACGGUCACCCACAGCUCGCAGCUAGAGCCGCUCUAUCUCAAGGUGCUCUCUACACAGGCAGUGUAUGAUCUGCAGCUGGAUGUGGAGGUUGUGAUAAAGAAAGAAGCUUUCACCAUAGCAUCCUACCAUGUAUCAGACUGCCCAUAUCCCCAGGAUCCAGUGUGCCCAGCUGUGAUUAGUCGCAGGGACUGGAGCUCUUCUAUGAUGGAGGACGCAGAGAUGCUGGGGCACCCCGUGGGCAACGUGAUAGUGUACCAGACAUCAAGCAGGAACUGUUACAGCAGACAGUCAUGUGGGAAGGAGGCCAAGUCACAGCUGAAUUCUGAAGGGCAUGUUAAAUAUAACUUCCUCAUUGGUGAAGAUGGUAGCAUAUUUGAAGGACGGGGAUGGAAGUUGGCUGGAGAUCAUUCAGAAGAUUUCAAUACCAAAUCAAUAGCUAUUGCACUGCUAGGUAAUUUUACAACUGCUGGACCAAGCAAACGGGGGAUGUCAGCUGUGAAACUAUUAAUAAAGUGUGGAAUGGAAAUUGGGAAGAUCAAUGAGACGUACAGUUUGAUGGGAGAGAAGCAGAUCCGAGCUGGUACCUGUGACACCUGUCCUGCUGACAGACUGCUGUGUGAACUGAUGAAGUCUCACAGAUGGCACAAUUACCAGGCAGGUGGGUCAUUCAAAGCCCCAUGCUGUAUGGAGGUGUGUGGGGAAGACAAGAAAACCACCCCCAAGCCUACAUCCAAGCCGAGCUCUGUCUCCACCCCACUGUUUACACGGACUCAUACCCUGGUCAUCCUUACAGCACUUAUUACUGGACUGCUCUUAUAGUAGAUAAUAUAGUCUAUACAUGUAAUACACAGAUCUGUCAUGUAAUUCACAGAUCUGUCAUGUAAUUCACAGAUCCGUCAUGUAAUACACAGAUCUGUCAUGUAAUUCACAGAUCUGACAUGUAAUACCC